GUCACGCCUCGAGCUGCAGACCGCUCUGGCCGCCUCUGCCCGACGUCCGACGCCCGUGCACCACUUGCCCGCACCGUGGGGCUGCGCCGGCGGCCGCCCUGGCGCCCUCCCCUCUCCUCCCCGGCCCCCUCCGGUCCACAGCCCGACAGCUCCACCCGGCACUCGCCGCCCUGCACGCAGAACGCCUGCGCAGUGCAGUUUGCGCGGCCGGUGGCUCCCCCGGCGCCCUGUGCGGCUGCGGCCCAGGCUGCCCCGUGCCGUCGGGCGCUGCCCCGCUGCAGCACCGCUCGUCGCUUCCCAAGUCCCACCGGCCAGCAGGCGCGCGGCAGGCUACAGCCCGCAGCCGGGUAGGGGCCAGCGCGCCCUGACCCCUCAGCCGACCGCCCGACUCGCCGAGUCCCCGACGCCGACGGCCACCAGUUGCAGCAGCCGCACGGCAGGAGGCGGGGGCGCCCCGCAGCCCACACCCCCAAUUCGGAGCUCUGCAGGAAAAGAAGUGUGUAUUCGCCAUGGUUCACUUCAAGAAUAGGUACAUGGUGAUGGAGGUCUUUAUAGAUGCAGGUAGAGGCGAACAAGACCCUGUCAUCCUCACCCAGUUUAAUAUAACCAAAGUCAUAAGAGACAGCAUUCAGCUGAACUUUGGGGAGUGUGGCCUAGCUGCAUCUCUUGGAUCAUUGCAGGUGAAGUAUGUUAAUCCUGUAACAAAGCUUUGCAUUAUCCGUGUGUCACGUGAAGACCACCAGAAGGUUUGGGCUGCUAUAACAAUGGUGAGGUGCAUUGGGAAAAUACCUGUAUCAUUCAACCUGCUUGACAUGAGUGGAAGCAUCAGGGCUUGCAAGAAAGCUGCACUUGAGUGCGACGAAGCGAAAUUUGAACAAUACAAGUUGGCUGCUGGUGACCGUAUCACACCAGAGAUCAUCCAGUCCGUACAGAGCUGCUUUGAGAAAAUUAGAGGACUAGAGAGCUGAUUUCUAUGUCCUCUCCUAUUUUUAUUUUUUAUUGUCUCUAGAUGAGAGAAAACAAUGAAAUGGCAAAUUGAGUGCGGAUAUAGCCUCGAGCUCACAACUUAUGGCAUCAACAGAAGGAACUAUUAAGGUGUCAACAUUGUUGCUGUACAUGUUCUACUAUGUCGGUGAAGUGGGUGGUGAGACGCGCGCUACUUCAACCUCAAUGUCUUGUGCAAGCCUAGCUUAGCAGAAACAGCUGCACCUAUGAAGCCAUGUGUGGACGUCAGGUUUGUCUAGCCUGGCUAAAGGGCCUGACCCGCUACCAAAUACGAGUUGGGUGCCUUAUGGGGAUUGGACAACCAACCAAACACAUCCGUAUAUUUCUUUCUUUCGAGGCCACUACAAACUUUUGAACUUUACUAUUUAUAAUCAUAUAUACAAGUUCUUAAAUUGAGAACGUGAUAAUGUGAUGUACAUUAAUGGUUCUACUUCUAAAUACUUUCAUGCAUA